CUCUCAGUUACAGCAUCAGUCAUUGGGUACAUCAACUGCACAGCUUAAAAUACAGAAACUGCAUAUAAGUUGUCGAUAUGAUCAAUGCAGUGCUUCGACAGCGUGAAGUCACAACACUUGGGGAAAUGAAAAGAAUAGAUGCGCCUGAUUUAACGGUGACAAACGGUAUGUUUCAUCUGCGAAGAUUAUUUUGCUGACGAAAUUUCAAAUUUAUCCUAACCUUUUGAAGUACGUCCGAUUUAUUAGACAAAAAAAAAAAAAGACGAAUUCUAAGGAUUUGUUUGAAUUUUUUUUAACCUAUGCCUGCUGUGAUGUUCUGUGAAUAUGAUUAAAUUUUAAAUAUACGGAUUACUACUGUGAAAAAAAUGGAAAUGACCAUCAAUAACACGUCAUCAGUGUCAUUGGAUUACGUCAUACACCACAGAUUAAUGGAGAACAUUGCUGCUAUCGUGUACACGUCAGUUUUACUGGUGGUGGGUGUGCCGGGAAACACCUUGGUGUGUUACGUCUACUACAGAUGGAAGGAUAAAAAUCCAUCCAAAGUUUUCAUUCUGUCUCUAGCCAUGAUUGAUCUCUUUAAUUGUCUCGUUACCAUGCCAACAGAGCUAUCCAUGAUGACAAACCCCAUGAAUUUUGACUUCAACAUUAUCUGUAAACUUUCUCGAUUUUUUACUUACUUGUGCAACACUUUAGCGGCCCUGAUAAUGAUUGUUAUAGCUGUGGAUAGGUACCGGAAAAUCUGCACCCCAGACAAGAGGAGUAUGAACCACCGGCAGGCAAAAACAGCGGUGGGGGCUUGUUUUGUCGUUUCUAUUUUUAGCACCUGGCCUGCCCUAGUUAUGUAUGGGACGUUUACGACCGUACUGGACACGAAUGUCUUUGCUAAGAAUUGUUUCGUUGAAAACAGAUUUCUUAACUCGCCAUAUGUGCUUUCAUAUUUUGCGUUUCACAGCAUCGCCACCAUCACCAUCUUCAUUGUGAUUUCAGUGCUCUACACGUUCAUAGGAUUAGCCGUGUACAAGCGUUGGAAGUUCCGGAGACAAUUUCUCUCCAGUUCUAAAGACCUUCUUGUUCGCAUGUCAAGGUCAAACAAUUCUCGAAAUCACCUUGACACUCCAGGGAGCAUGACCUGUUUGGACUCUGUUUCAGGAAUGAGAAAUAGUUCUGCCAUCAGAAAUGAACAUAUUCGCCCGCCAAAAAAACAAAACAUUAAAUUAGAAAAAACGACCUUCAUGUUAUUUGUGGUGACCUUGACAUACAUUGUAAGCUUCAUUCCUUUCUUGACCUUGGCUAUCCAUAGAUCGAUUCAUCCCGGUGAAUGGGAACACAUUACGCAUGCGGGAGAGAUAGUAUAUCAGGUGUUUCUUAGGUCUUACCUUCUUAAUUCGUGUGUGAAUCCGAUCAUUUAUUCGUUCUGUAACUCACUUUUUAGAAGAGAAUGUAAAAAGAUAUGCUGCAACAGACGUACUGUCUCUCACUCAUUAUCGUGAAGGACAUUUAUCCUGUGAAAAUGUGAUUUUUAUUGAACUAAGGAUACGUGAUGUUCAUUGUAGUGGUUACAUUAAUCUGUUACGUAACAACUUUUCCCUCGUUGUAAGUAGCAUGUACAAACGUCAUCAUUAAAAUUAGAAAUUAAACCAUGUGUAGUUGUCAUCACCGUUGUGCCUGGAUGUAUUGUAAUAAAGAUUAACUGUA